AUGAAAAAGGCUCACAAAUAUAAAAAGAAGAAUUUAGAAGUUUGCUGCCCUUAUAAUCCUAAUCACUUAAUGCCCUUCAGUCAAUUAUGGUUUCACUUAUCCUCUGGCUGCGAAGACAAAUAAAAGUUUGGUCAUCUAUAUUAGAUAUGUCCUUAUAAUUCAUUGCAUAUCUUAUAAAAGGAGCACUAUGAAGAUCACAUUAAAAAUUGCCAAAAGAAGAUAGAUGUAGAUGAUGAUCUAUUAAAACAGAUGAGUAAUGUAGCUUAGGAGUAAUUUGUUGAGGAAAAUUAAUUUCAGGAUUAAUUUAUAUCUAGAAAUUGCAAUAAUAAAUACAAGAAAUAUUAUUGA